AUGGCUUAUACUCAGCACGAUGACUCCUUUUUCAUCGAGUCGGACGAGCCCACCUUUGAGCGAAUGAAUUGCCGCUCCGCCGCCAAGAUGAUUGCCCGCCAACGCCAGGACAUUAUUUCCAGCGAACUCUCCCGGCUAGCCAGCGAAGAGUACCUCGAGGAUAUCCUCCAACAUAUGGCCGACAUGGAGGAUGCGACUCUGCCCGAUGCUAACCUGAUCGAUAUGCAGCGCGAGGUGCAGUGGUUUAUGAGACCGUAUCUCAUCGACUUCAUCAUCGAGGCCCAUGCCGCCUUCACUUUGCUACCCGAGACUCUCUUCCUCACCGUCAAUCUGCUGGACCGCUACUGCUCGAAACGAGUGGUCUACAAGCACCAUUACCAGCUUGUCGGCUGCGCUGCCCUCCUAAUCGCUGCCAAGUAUGGUGACAAGAAGGACCGUGUUCCCCAGAUCACCGAGCUCAACAACAUGUGCUGCGGCCUCUACGACUCGGGCAUGUUCACCCAGAUGGAGAUGCAUGUUCUCAACACGCUCGAGUGGGCCAUCGGCCACCCUACCGUCGACUUCUUCACCCAGCUUAUGGCUGCCGAGGAGAGUGACGACGCGGAGGUCGAGCACAUGGCUGCCUAUCUCUGUGAAAUCGCACUCUACCACCGUGACUUUGUCUCGACCAAGCCCUCGAUGAUGGCCCGUGCCUCGCUCGCCCUCGCCCGCGCAAUUCUCGGCCGUCCCGAAGUCAACGACGGUGACUGGGCACACACGGAGAACGUCACUCUCCUAACGCUAUCACAACACCUUAGUCAACCCUCGGCUACUCUGGCUCGCAAAUACGCUACCCCUGACCUGUCUCGUGUCUCGCAGAAGCUCACCGAAUUCAUGGCCGAGCAGGCUGCCAUGGCCCGCAGAGCAGCUCACCCUCCUACUCCACCCGCAGAGCAGGUGAGCAAACCUGCAGACAUUUACAGCACCCCUCAAAAGGUGCACGGCGGUGCCGCAUAUUACCAGGGCUACGUGACGCCUCCCAUCACUCCCGAUGGCGUUCACGUUCAGACACAAAAACAAGUCUAUACUUCGUUACCGCCCCGAUGCCCCGUUACCCCUACACCGCAUCACGGCCAAGGGACAGUGUUUGCAGCACAGGCGCAAAAUGGCUAUCAUAAUCAGCAUUGUAUGCAGUAUUGA